CGGCACAUGUGACUUCAAUACAAAAGAUGACUACUCAUGCAUCAUGUAAAGGUGACUGUGACUUUUAAUAUAAACCCAACUUGAAAUUGCGUGUACGCAGUGCGCGUCCACGGAGCGACGACGACUGGGUACGAGUCUGGUAUUGUAGCGGAGUUGGCUGAAUUUAAUUGGAGCGAAUAUUGUUGUGGGACCUCGCUUGUGACCAAUCUCGUACUAGGAUAUGGUUGCGCUCAGUUGUUUUCGAAAUUUGACUCCGACCAUGCCUGGCUAUCAGACGAUAUGGGAAAGAGGUCACUCGUUUCGAUCUUGCUGUUUUUUGCUAUGCGAUGAAGUUUGCGCGCUAUCUCGAGGACACCCAGGUGCGUUGGAAAACUGCACAGAGUCAGUAUCGUCGUAUUGACAACUUGCUUCCCCCUGCCAAGACUCCGGAAUGGAAACGGGCCUAUAUGUGGGCGCUUUUGGCUAACAGAUUGGUUGUGGGAAAUCGACUACUAAUAUGGCUUCUCAGCGACUAUCGCAAACUUAAGAGAUGUGUUCGCGAAAUUUCCGGUGUCCAGCUGGAGCGCUCAAGGUCUGGCCCAUCUUCACGAACCUCGGUAAGAUCAGGAGCGACGGCUCCAGGGGUAGGACCAGACGGCGUAGUGGUAUCUAGUGCGCGAACGCCAAGGGGUUCUCCGUUGACUUUCCGCGGCGCCAAUCCACUGCCUCCCGCCUCUGAACACUCCUUCACCCCGUCUAGAGCAGGCAGAGAAGCGGAUCGGUUGAGCGACAACAGACUCCCCUUCCCAACGUAUGGCUCGCACAGGCAUUCCCCACCUUUGACGAGAAUGUCUUCUGCGCGGGAACCAGAGCCUACGUCUCCUAUGACGGAGCUACCACCGGCUUUGCAGGACCCUGCAGAUGGGAGAGUACCCACUUCAUCUGGCAGGACUGGCAGACAGACCCACGUAACACGUCUAGGUGCCGUCUGAGUCUGAGUGCACAAAUAAGUACCUACUUUCGGGUAUCCCCUGCAAACGCUCGUCAUCGAGCCUCUACCACUACUGGCACAUCCGUACAGAGGACUUGCAGCUUAAACGAAAUAUAUC